UGGUAAAGGGGACACGAGAAGGAAACGAGUUAUCGCGCCGGAAGGGGUUCGGUUCUCGUGUGGGUGAUUUGAGGUGCAUUUAUGAAGAUGAAGUUGAGUCUGUCCAAAGUGGUUAGUGGCUGCCGUCUUGGCAUGCUGACAAACGUUGGCAAGAAAGGGAUUCAGCACAUGGACAUUCCAGGUUGUCUGCUUUAUACCAAAAUGGGAUCAGCGCCACACCUCACCCAUGACACUCUGGAGACUGUCAAAGAUGUUCCUGUUGUUGCACAACUUCCAUUUCCAACUCUGGUAGAGCUUCAGGAGGUCAUGGAGGAAUAUAAAGAAGGAAUUGGAAAGUUUGUAGGUAUGCCUGACUCAGUAGUGUACUGUUCCCUCCAUGACCCUGCUGUUAUCUCUCCUUCCGGCUACAACAACAACAAGACAAUUUCCAUAUGGGGGCUGGGAGGGAGAAUGGAAAUGACGCCAGCAAAGUUCAUGACCAUUCAACGGGCUCUCCAGCCAGACUGGUUCCAGUGUCUCUCAGAUGGAGAUACAAUUGCCGGAGAAGUCUCCAAGAAGAGGGCCAAGAAGUCUGUGGAUCGAUCACUGUCCUUUUUGGAUGAAUGCUUACGACUGCAAGUGGAGUUUCCGGAAUUGCAAAGGAGUGUGAUGAUUGGGGUUAUUGAAGGUGGGGAUGUGUUGGAGGAGAGGCUACGAUCCGCCAGGGAGACUGCCAAGCGCCCUGUGGGUGGCUUCUUGCUGGACAGCUUCCAGGGAAAUGCCAUGGCCAAGGACACCAAGCUGGAACUCUUGUCCUCUGCUGUGGCAGAACUGCCAGAAGAUAAACCAAGGCUCAUCCAUGGUAUUGGCAGGCCAGAUGAAGUGCUGGAAUUAAUUGAGAGAGGAGUGGAUGUUUUUGAGAGUUGUUUCCCUUACCAGGUGACAGAACGGGGUUGUGCCUUGUCCUUCAGCUACAGUUAUCAUCAAGAUCCUGAUGGAGGUGUCCUAAAAGAAGAUGAAGAACCAGACAUGGAAGAAAGCAAGGAUAAAAAAACAAAAAACAAAAUCCUCGGUGGAGCUGAAGGGAUGACUGCAUUUGAAAUAUGUUUGAAAGAGAAAAGGUACCAGGAUGAUUUUGGUCCUUUAGUGAGUGGAUGCUCAUGCUACUGCUGUCAGAAUCAUAGUCGUGCCUAUGUCCACCACCUCCUCAUGACCAAGGAGUUGCUGGCCGGUGUCCUGCUCAUGAUGCAUAACUUUCAGCACUACUUUGCCUUCUUCCGUUCCAUUCGCGAUGCCCUGAAAGAAGACAGGCUGGAGAAAUUGAAGGAGAUCAUCUUCAGGCAAGCAGUUCAAGCCCCCCAAAUACACAGAGUAUAGGAAGAAGAACCACCCAUGGAUUAGGAAUCUCCACAUCUGGCCCAUGAUCAUGUCAUUGGCAGCACAGUUGUCCUGGUCCCUAACAGGCUUAGGGGUGAUGGAGCCUUUCCCCACAAGCCACUCCACUGAAGAAAUGUGAAAGGUAAAGAUAAGAGCUGAGGAUCUACUUAAAGGCAUCCAACAUUCAACUGGCCAUAUUUUUUUUGUAAUGAAUUUUGUUGGCAAUCUUUAUAAAUCAUGAAGACUAUUGAAGCUGAAUGAAAAGAAUAUAAAAUGCCAGCCUCCAUUAUGGACUCUUUCAUCUUCAUUAUAUGAAUAUCAGGGCUGUAUUUUUUUUAACAUCUCUGUGAAGAGAUGUAAGGUAAAGUAAGGUAAAGGAUUCAGGAAGAAGUUCCUUUUGUAACAUACCUUUCUUGGGUAUCCUGUUUUUUGAGGGGGACAUAAUGGCUAUUUUGCAAAUGGUAGCAAACCUCACAGCACUCCACACUGUUGACAGAACUGUGACAGCAUUGUGACUCUCAUGUUACUGUAGUGUAGAGCAUAAGAAAUAUGGUUGAUGUCAGUCCACAGUUUGGAUGAAAUAAUCCCAGACUGCUUAGGUAUUGUAAAGGUUUUUAAUGGUCCAGAAAACAGUAUUAUUCUUGAAUGUUUCAGUUUUUCAGUUCACAUUUUCUGAAUUUUAUCUUUAGCAUGCUGUUUUUACUGGAUUUCUGGGUUUUUGUACAAAAGGGAUUUUUAAAAGUUUUUUUUAAAACUACAUUUUAUGGGAAACAUUAAUAAGACACAUCCAUAGUUUUCUAUUUCUUCCUAGUCAGUGAACUGCACUGAUCCAAUAAAGAGGUGGUUUGUAUGUGUGUGGUUGCACAUACCCACCAAACAGAUGGUUUGUCUAACCAGCUUUGGCAAGGCCAGUCAUCUCUUUGAGGGGGCUGGUGAUGAUGAAUCCAUUUUCGUCCUCCAUGCUAAACUGUAGACUGGUGUUUUCUGGUUUUAUUUCAGGGCCGAUUUGCUGAGAGACGCAUACUGUGGAUGUGAAUGUUGCAUCAACCACUACUUGCACUGCUCUGGGAUGUUUUUUAAUGUCAAGUUUAACAUAAUGUUUUUCAACUUCAUCCAAUUUUUUUUACUUUGUGUGGCAAUUUUUCCCACACAUGGUCUUGAUGAUGACACCUCUUAGAAAUGAUAUUGCUACCCAGCAUCAAAUCUGGCGUAAUAAUGUAGUUUACUGCCACCAAUUAUGGCUUAUAGAAGUCUUUUAAUGUGCCUUACAAAAUUUUGGUUUAUAAAAAAAAAUUAUAUCUGGGGCAGGGCAGAGGGCCACGUGGGGCAGUGAGUGAACUGUCAUCAUGUAAUCUGCUGUUGAAUAUUCCUUUCCCAGAUCUUAAAGGUACAUGGUUCACAGAUAGCCUUUAAUUUUCUCUUGAUUUUUUUCUAAUUCCUCUAGUAUGUAUUAUUACUUUAUGAUCCCCCUUCACUCAGAGGUCACUAACCACUGUGAAACAGAGUGAAACAGUUGUUUUACAAUUUGUGUAUCCAUUUUAAGAAGGAAAUAAUACUGUAUUUGAUUAAAGUGAGAGAUGAGUUCAAGUUCACCAAAUAAUUUUUUUACAGGACUUCAGCAGGACUGAGGCAACCCUUCUCAUGUAAAAAGGUAGUUAGGAUUCAGACCUUCCUUGUUGCUUUGCUGUCUAGGAGAUUAGCAUGAUUUUUGUUUUAUUUCCCUGCCUGUUUAUCUAGGAAUUCAGAGUGGUAUUUAUGGAGCUGCUAAGCCAUUGACUUAUGCCCACAGGAUUAGUGGCCCUAGCUCAAUUUUUAGUUAAAAGGACCAUGGAUUGCAAAGUUGGAAACAGCCUCUGUCUGAAAGUCUGGAGUCAGUGCUAUGGUAGUGGAGUGCAUGACUCACAGUAAGGCAGUUUAAUGUAUGUUAACUCCUCCCACUGGGAAAUGAGAGAUUUUCUCGGGCUCUUCAUUUACUGGUGGACCCUCUGCCAGAUCCUAGACCUCAUUAAGAGUGCAACUGUGCUCAUCACAGAUGCUCUGCCUGAGAGUGAAGAUGUAUCUCCCAGUCCCCAGAAUGUCCCGUUGUGCUGUUUUCGUAACCUUGUGGCUGUGUUAUAGUGAACAUGUGCAUUGUGCACGGACAUGUAUGCAUCAGUUUGUAAGAAGGAGUCAAUGCACAUUCACUGGGGACCAUCAUCUAAAUCACACAUUGAGCCAUAUAUGCAUUGAAUGUACCGUGAGAAUAAAGAAAAAUCAAGUAUACACUUAAA